CAGCCCCGCGGUCCUGCAGCCCGGGGAGAGCCCGGCGCGGGCGCUCGGGUCUUCUGUGCGCGCACCCGCCUUCCGCCCGGCCUCGGGACUGGGAGCCGGGGCAGGGGGGGAGCUGCGGGACGAGCGCCUGAGGUGGGUGCGGAGCGGGAGGCCGGGAACGGGAGGCCGGCCGGCGGGCGGGUGUCCAGGCGCCGGGGCCGGCCCGCCGACGGGCCCCGCGUCGAGGUGGGGAAAGGCCGGCCCGGGUUCCGAGCCCCGCACCCGCCCGCUGCCUGCCCGCCGCUCCCCUCCCGCACCACCACGCCCCUCGGGACACCCCCUCUCGCUGUCCACAGCCCCAUCACCCCUCUGCUUUGUCGCCCGUGCACCUGCCCUCCGGGCCUGCACCCCCACGCCGGAAGAGACCCUCAAGCUUAGGGCCUCGGCACCCAGGCCCAGAUGAGCUGCGCUCCGUCGGCGCCCCCGCCCCUCUUUGUCAUCUGUACACCUGUGACCUCAACUCCUGGUCCACUCCCUGACAAGGCCACCCCCGCUCCCUCUCCGGACCAGCUCCCCUCCUCCAGGGCCACUCCCCUUCCUUCACCUGCCCUGCUGAGCACCAGCCAGUCCUGCUGGGCCAUCUCCUUUGUUGUCGCUGCAGCGGUCCCCUCCGCUAUUCAUCCUUCUCCCCCAGUCCUGCUCCCCCCUCCCCACCCAGAUCCCCCAGAUCCCUUCUCUGACCAGUGAGCUCCCCCGCCCAGCUCAGGGGACCACAUCCCUCGCCUCCCACUGUGCGCUCGGGGCCAGCGGGUCUGUCCCCUCCGGGGCUGCCCUCACCUCCAGCCUCAGCCUCUCCCAGCCACCCCAAGCAGCCAUGGAGCUGAGCCACAAGAAGAAGCUGCACGCGCUCUCCCUGGCCGAGAAGAUCCAGGUGCUGGAGCUGCUGGACGAGUCCAAGAUGUCACAGUCGGAGGUGGCGCGGCGCUUCCGGGUGUCCCAGCCGCAGAUCUCUCGCAUCUGCAAGAACAAGGAGAAGCUGCUGGCCGACUGGAGCAGCGGCACCGCCAACCGGGAGCGCAAGCGCAAGCGCGAGUCCAAGUACAGCGGCAUCGACGAGGCGCUGCUCUGCUGGUACCACAUCGCCCGCGCCAAGGCCUGGGACGUGACGGGGCCCAUGCUGCUGCACAAGGCCAAGGAGCUGGCCGACCUCCUGGGCCAGGACUUCGUGCCCAGCAUCGGCUGGCUGGUCCGCUGGAAACGCCGCAACAACGUGGGCUUCGGGGCGCGCCCGGGGCUGCUGCCCCCCUGCCCUCCCGAGCCUCCUCCCCCCAGGCCCCUGGCCCGGGCCCCGGGGCCUCUCUCCCUCGCAGACUUCUCCCCGGAGGAUGUGUUUGGCUGUGCCCAAGUGCCCUUGCUCUAUCGGGCAGUGCCCGGCGGCCGAGCAAGGGCCUGCGAUGAGGUCCGGGUGCUGCUGUGUGCCAAUAGCAGGGGCACAGAGAAACGGCGCCUCGUGAUCAGUGCGCCCCAGGCGGCUUCUGGAUGCUUCUUCGGGGUCACGAGUGAGGCUCUGCCUGCCUCCUUCCACCCAGAGCCGGGCAUCCCCUGGUCAGCGUGGCUGGCACAGUUUGACCGGGACAUGGGGCGGCAGGGCCGGCAGGUGGCCUUGCUGCUGGCUGCCCACGCCGGGGAGGAGCUGGCAGGUGUCCCCAGGCUCUGCCAUGUGCGGCUCUUGCCUCUGCCGGCCGGCGCUGCCCCCUCGCUGCCCAGCGCCGUGGUCCGGGCCUUCAAGACCCAUUACCGCCUGCGGCUGCUGUGCAAGCUGGCCGCAGCCCGGGGCCAGAGCCCCUGCACAUCACUGGCCCAGGCGGGCGCCCGUCUCACCAUCCUCGACGCCCUGCACAUGGCCGCGGCGGCCUGGGCCAAAGUCCCCCCCCAACUCAUCGUGGGCAGCUUCAUUCAGGAGGGGCUGGCGCGGGGCAAGGUGCCCCCGGCCCCAGCCUGCGCCUCUGCGAUGCCCUCGGUGCCCAGGGGGCUGAGCCCGGAGGAGUUCGCCCGCUUUGUGGACCUGGAGGGCGAGCAGCCCGCGUCCUGGACGUGCAAAGAGGAGGAGGGCGCCGCAGACCAGGAGGACAGUGCAGGCGACGGCCCGGAGGCCCUGCCCACCCACGCCGAUGCCCUCCGCGCCCUGGGCACGCUGAGGAGGUGGUUUGAGUGCAAUGGCGCCUCCCCGGAGCUGUUUGAAAAGUUCUACGCGUGCGAGGAAGAGGUGGAACGGACCUGCUGUCUGUGAGGGCUGCGGGGAGCCCUGCAGAGCACCCCAGGACCCCUUCUGUUGUGUUUCCCAUGGAAACGCCCAGGGGCUGGUCUCUUUCCUGUGGAAAUGGAGCUUUGGUGAAGGGUGCAGAAGGGAGACGGGUGGGAGACUAAGUAGAAGGUCUGGGUGGAAAUUUGUCAGGCCCCCUGAGAGAAAACCUGAAGAUGGGGUGCCCGGUAAUGAGGAGCCUCGGGAGAGAAAGGCCUGACUUGUUUGGAUUGUCUGGUUGGGGCCCCACCCAGCAACACUCAGGGCUUACUCCUGGUGGCGGGGAUUGAACCCGGGUCGGCAGCUGGCAAGGCCCGUGCCCACCCCGCUGUGCUAAUCUCCAGCUCCGACGUCCUGGCUUUUGGAGCAGGGAACUGGAGUCUUGCUGACCAGGCCGAUUCCUGAAGUCUGGAUUGAAAACACUUGUGCUUCUGGAAACCAAGUUUGGGUUUGGGUCGGCACUUGCUCUUCUCAGGGCUUACUCCUGGGUGCGUGCUCAGGAACCACUCCUGGCGGUGCUUGGAGAAGCAUAUGGGGUGCCGGGGACCUUACCCGCAGCGGCCGUGCACAAGGCAGGCGCCCUGCUCUGUACUCUCGCUCUCUCUCUCUCUCUGCACCCU